CGUGCCGCACUGAGCGCGUGAAGAACCCCACCGCCCUUGUGCAGUGGCGUCUCAUACCCAACGUGACCUUUGGGAGCUGUAUAAAAGGCGGCUCAGCCCAGUGCUCCUCACUCGCUCACCGUCGCAUCCAGACACUUCUCCCUGCAGCUCCAGAGCUUUGCCGACUCCCCAGAAAGAUGUGCUCCCGUGGAUCCUGCCACAGUCGCGAGACCUCCUGCCACAGCUCCCGCUCCUCCUGCCAUGACUCAGGGCCCUCCUGCCAUUCCACCUUCCAGAGGGAACCCGUGCCCCAGUUCCCCUGCGUGACGCCGUGCUGUCCCCCUGUGCAGCGCUACUGCCCCCCCGUGCAGACCUACUGCCCCCCUGUGCAGCGCUACUGCCCCCCUGUGCAGCCCUACUGCCCCCAGUACACCAAGAACAUCUGCAAGCUGCCGCCAACGUACCCCAGGUACUAGGAGCAGGAUCCAGACACGCGUCCACCACCACAACCACUGGAUGCCUCCUUGCUCAAGGCAUUGAAUUCGUCUCCAGUUUUCAUCACUCACCAGCCGUAUCACUUCUCUGCAAUCCAAUGCUUUUAAAACAGUUGGAGGGUCAUGCAAAAUUGGGACUAACAUCUUGUUUUAAUUAUCCUAGAGCUGUUUAAGUUCUUUCAGCCAAUGUAAAUCACAAUGUUUUCUGCCGGGAUUUUCCUUCAUGGUUUGCUCCUUCAAUCUUCAGCAAGAAAAUAAAAUUUGCAUUUCAACA